UUGAGGUUUUAAAGACAGCAGUUUGUAAUUAAAGUUUUUGUAUAGGAUAUUUACUGAACAAUUGGGGUUGAGUUCUUUGCUCAAAUGGGUCUCCCUUGGAGGUCUAGCAAGUUGCUAGGAGCUGAGCUGAAUAGUCACGAAAGACUCAUCGUAAAGGCUGGAUUUUUUCAACAUCAAGAAUAAAGUAUGUGUAAAGAGGCUAUAUGACAAAACUCUGUGCUCUUUUGUUGUUAAAUGUCAUUAGUUCAUAAUUUCUGAUGAUGUACUCUCAAUAAACUCUUUCUCAGGUGUUAGUCUGAUUAUAGUUGGAAGUUGCAUUAUAUUUACUUAUUUUCUUUCAUUCUUGUCAUUACAGAUCAGAUGUGAAGGAUUAACCCACAAUUCAUUAUCAUUUUUGUUUAUUUAAAUAUGCCUGAAACUGAAACCAUCUGCCUUGCUCCACCUUGCAGGUUAGAAAAUUGUCAUCUCACUGUCAAGUCCUGUGAAACUGUGGCCUCCAUUCUCCAAUCGGCUAACUCACACUUGACAGAGCUGAAUCUGAGCCACAAUGACCUGGGGGAUUUGGGUCUAGAGAAACUCUGCGUUGGACUGAAGAGUCCAAACUGUAAACUGGAGUCAUUGGACCUCAGCUUCAAUAAACUGAAUGCAUCAGGGAUGAAGCUGCUCUCUGAUGUAUUGAUUGGUCCACAUUGUAAACUACAGAGUCUGGAUCUCAGUAACAAUGACCUGGAGGACUCAGGAGUAAAUGUCCUCUGUCAGGCACUGUCAAACCAUCAGUGCAAACUGAAGACCCUGAGACUAUCGGAUUGUAGAAUCUGUGAAGAAGGCUUUUCUUCUCUGGCUUCAGCUCUACGUUCAAACCCCACAUACCUGGAACAGCUGGAUUUGCACAACAAUCGCCCAGGAGGCCCAGGAGUCAUUAAUGCACUAAAGGACAACAGUUUGAAUUUGAAAGACUUUAUUAUUGACUCUGUUGAAGAACUCAGAUCAAACCUGCAGGAAUUUGUCUUUGAACCCAUGCUGGACCCAAAUACAGCUAACAAAUAUCUGUCCAUCACUCAAAAGAACAGAAAGGUCACAAGAAAGAGAAAAAGGGAGGAAUAUCCCAAUCACUCAGAGAGAUUUUACCGCUGUAACCAAGUGCUGUGCGGAGAGGGUCUUACUGCAAUCUGUUACUGGGAAGCUGAGUGGAGUGGAACUGCUGUUUAUAUAGGAAUGGCCUAUAGAGGCAUCUGUAGGAAUGGAGCGCUUGAUGCCAUGCGCCUUGGAGACAAUGACAAGUCGUGGUCUUUAUUCUGCUCUGCUGAGAGGUUCUCUGCUCAUCACAAUAAAACCUCUUCUGACAUACCGAUACCCCAAUCCAGGUCUUGUAGGGUAGGAGUGUAUCUGGACUGGGCGGCCGGCACUCUGUCCUUCUACAGCGUCUCCUCGGACACACUGACUCACCUGUACACUUUCCACUCCACAUUCUCAGAGCCCCUCUAUCCAGCAUUCAGGCUUUUAUCUCCUAACACAUCAUGCUUUCUGUGUCACCUGAAGUAAAGAGAUCUUUAUGUAAGUGGAAUAUUAUUGUAAUCCUGCACAAGAUAACAUAUAGAGCUUAAUGGUCAGCAUGGAGUGGAGGGGUGCGGUGGCGCAGUGGGUUGGACCACAGUCCUGCUCUCCAGUGGGUCUGGGG